UGCGAGAUAUAGUACACAUCUAGUCUCUUUUCACCUUUUCUUGAAUCACAAUCUCUUUGCCUUUGGAUUUGCAUUUCUCAAGGGUUUUAAGAACUGCCACUGAUUCUCUGCCUCCGGUGCUCAGGAAUAACGAGAUAGAUCAGAAAGGCCACCAAGUGAGCUCUCUGCAUCGAGUUUGGAAUCAACAAUGGUGAGCUUAAGAAGACACACACACUUCAGACUAUGCGCUGUCUUUGCAGGAAGAACAUCACUUCCUAGGUUUUGUGACAUCAGAACUGCCCUGACUUCUAGGCAUGCAAAACCAAAGAGUGUGCAUCGGAUGCGUUCAAAUGGUUCAAAUGAUGUAAAUCAGCCAGAGAGGAAUGCGACUGCUGUAGGGGCUUCUGCGAAGGUUUUCACCGAUGCAGUGCUGGCUUUGCCUGCUUUUGCAAAUGUGGGAAGUGAGUCAGCACACUCUCUUAUACCGAGGCGGCGCUUUGAGAUUGAUGGGAGUUCUCUGGGGGCUUAUAUAUCUCAAAGCAACCAACUUAUACCCUUGCAGAGCCAAGUAAAAGACCAAGAAUCUUACACCCUUCAGCUUGACAACAAGAUAGAGAACUUGCAGACCAUGAUCAGCAAGCUAGAGGAGGAGAACACAAUGCAAACUGGUGAACUGGACACUGCAAAGGUUGAACUUGAGAAGCAGCCAGCUGACUUGGAGAUGCUUGAGUUUGACAAAUUACUUUUGCAAAUGGUUGAGGAGCUGUGCGGGAAUGUAGAGCUCAUGCAUCAAGUAGACUUGGUGAUGGGUGAGCCCAACCAAAUGUAGCUGAGGGAGAUUUUGCAAAAGGCUGAGAAGCUGCGUGAGGAUCUCAGAAGCUUCGCUUCAGCCGAUGUUGUGGAGGAUUCUGCGGCUCAAACAGACUGAGAAGACAGAGAGAAUAAGUGACUGAUAACUAAAGGCUAGUUUAGA